AAAAUAAGUUCACAAUUUUUAAAAGUGUUCCAGUAGAGGUGAUAAAGAUGAAUUCAAAAUGAUCAAAGUAAGUAAUAGCAUGAACAAAUAGUUGGAACAUUCAAACCUAGAGCAAACUUAAAGGUUUAAUCUCUAUUAUUAAUAUGAUAUCCAGCGAAAAAUCUAUAAUAUGUGGCUGUAGUUAUAGUAAAUUUGAGGCUGUCCAAAAUUUACAAAUAUUUUAAAAUACUGAACUGAAAAGAGUUAAGUAUUAUAAUACUGUUUUGUCAUUCCAAUUAGACAUCACAAGACAGUUUAGCUUCUAAGUCUGCAACUUAAGAUGCAAGCUAAACAUGUAUUAUGGGGCAUUCUGACUUGAUGAGCAAUAUUCAUUAAUUCAAGUAUGAAAGUACAGAAAC